CAUUCGAUGCGCGCGCGUCGUAACGUGAACGAGUAGCGUGAGAAAGUAGCGCGUUUACCACGUUUAUUCGUGGAUCGUUGUUCGCGGUGGAUCAAUCCUGAUCGUCGAUCCGUGAAACACCGGUGAAAAUAGUCGGACAACGGCGUCCAUGGAAGGAGACGUCCGUUGGAUUUUACGGGACGCACGAUCGGCGCUGCGAGAAUUUUCCAUGGGAGAAAGGUUAUUCCAUAAAGCGUAGUGGCGUAAAUUGCUAGUCCGUGGAGGAGAGAAGAAAACGGAGCGACGAGGACGGAGAGAAAACAAAGAAGAGAGGCGAUGAACCGUGCGAGCUUCGUCCGCGCAGUGAUUGCAGCAUUGUGAUCGACCGACUGUGAUAUUAGAAAUAUACAUAUAGUAUAUAUAUACAUACAUAUAUCCGUACACACAUAACCUGUACAUAAUUUUUAACGUUAUUCGGGCAAUCGUCACGAGGUGGUGACAGAAAGAGCCAACAUGACGAAUGCCGUGGUGGAAAAAAAUGGCGACAUUCAAAGCUCAGACAAAUCAUCUUUGAUGGGCUCUUGCAGCCUUCCAAAGAUUCAACCAUCCAGCCCCUUGGAAGAAGAGAAGUCUAGAUCAGAGUCAAGUAACACGCAUAAUGAUGUAGAAGGUGGUAACAUCGGGGGGAGUGUUGCUAGACAAGUUCUAGCAGCAUUUGUGGCCCAACUUGGAACUAUCAACACGGGCAUGACUUUUGGUUUUUCCGCCAUUGCUCUGCCACAGCUGCAAGAACCAAAUAGUACAAUUCCUAUUGUUGCGGAUUCGGCCGAGGAGUCAUGGAUAGCUAGCAUGUCUUCCAUCGGAACCCCCAUUGGAUGUCUAAUAUCUGGAUACAUGAUGGAUGUUCUUGGUAGAAAAAGAUCCCUGAUCAUCACGGAAAUUCCUGCGCUACUUGGCUGGAUAUUAAUUGCAUUCGCCACCGAUAUUCGCAUGAUAUAUGCCGGAAGGUUCUUUGUGGGCCUUGGAUCAGGCAUGGUGGGUGCGCCAGCAAGAGUUUAUACCGGAGAAGUCACUCAGCCUCAUCUCAGGGGGAUGUUGACCGCUUUUGCCAGUAUUGGAGUGAGCACGGGCGUCUUGAUUGAGUACGCGUUGGGUAGUAUGCUCAGCUGGAACAUUUGUGCAGCUAUCAGUGGAAUUAUCCCUCUCGCGGCCCUGAUGCUGAUGUUCUUAUUCCCUGAAACGCCAUCCUAUCUCAUAUCUCGCAGUAGGCCAGAAAAAGCCCGAGAAGCUCUGCAACAAUUCCGCGGCAACAAUUGCAACAUUAACCAAGAAAUGGAGACACUUAUCAAUUUCUCAAAUAAGAACAACAUCAAACGUCUGACAGGAUUCCGUGAGAUAACGAGCGCCCUUUUAAAACCGAACGCCCUGAAACCGUUUACCUUGUUAUUCUUAUACUUCCUGAUAUAUCAAUGGUCGGGUACGAACGUAAUUACCUUCUACGCUGUAGAAAUCUUUAAAGACUCAGGGUCGUCAUUAGACAAGUACUUAGCCGCGGUGAUCCUCGGUGGUGUAAGAUUAGCGUCUACCAUUGUGGCCUGCAUCUUGUGCAGGAGAUGCGGAAGAAGACCUCUGACAAUGGUCUCGUCUGUUGGAUGUGGAUUGUCCAUGAUAGGAUUAGGUGGAUACAUGUGGCUGAAAAAUUAUUGGACUGUGAACAAUUUGCCGCUUAUCGCCACUUGGUUCCCUAUCCUAUGCAUAUUCUCGUACACCAUAACUUGCACCCUUGGUUUCCUUGUUAUACCUUGGGUGAUGAUAGGAGAAGUAUACCCGGUACAAGUGCGCGGCAUCAUCGGUGGCCUAACUACCAUGGCAGCCCAUUCCUUUAUUUUUACUGUGGUGAAAACAUAUCCGUUCUUAGCUAGCGCUAUUACUCGGCAUGGUACUUUCAUUCUAUACGGCUGUAUAUCUUUGUUCGGUACAAUAUACUUCUACCUCUGUUUACCAGAAACAAAAGGUAAAACGCUUCAGGAGAUAGAGGACUAUUUUUCUGGUAGAAAUAGCAACUUAAGAACCGGCAGUAUAAACAAACCAAAGGUGUUAGAAGUGAAGAAGGGUCAAGUACUACCCUAGAAGAACAUUGUUUUUUGAUAUCGAUGCAAGUAGAUCGCAGUCUGUCUUCCAUUGAGCAGAGAUAGAUGUGUGUGUGUGUUGAUUUGGCGUCGUUUUACUUUUCGAACGCUGAAAGGAACUAUAGUUUUUUUAUGUACUUUUAACAGAGAACAAUGUUGCGGAGAAGUUCGUCUUGGAACAAGACAGUAGGGCAGAUCAAGAGACUUGAGGACACGAUCAUAAAGUCAAUUGCAUGAUAUUAAGACUUGGCUAUCGAUACUCUUUUUCUCAUUUUUAGCUAGGAUAAUUUUACUUUACGACUAAAUGUAUUUAUUGACUAAAGACUAUAAUUUAAAUCGUGUUUGCUUCUCGGAAAAGAGAUGCUAUAUAUUUUUAUAGAAACGAAAUAUUGCAAGCCAUUUGAAAACGUCAGGUAUACUCGCGAAUGAAUGUACAUUUCUCGAGGAUCGCAUCAUACUUUCUGAACACCCGCGCAAAGAUAAACAAAGGUGCUAUUUAUUAUAUCAUAGUAUUAUAUAACGAUUGUACAUAUGUGAUGAAAAGACAGAACGUAAUGAAUAAAUAACUGUAUAAAUCAUGUUUCCAAAUCGUGGUCUGACAAUAUAUGCGGGUUUCUGUAACACAAUAAGUUUUAUGAAUGUAAAUUAUAAUUUCGAACACAUUCAAUAAAUAGUUGAUGUUCCAUACUUUCUACAUGUGACAUCUAUUUAUAUCUAUGGAUAUAAUCACAUCUAUGGAUACUACACUAGAAUGAGCACUAAGAUGUAUUAUUAAGAAAUAAACAUUCAUCUGUAUUCAGUUACUGGAAGUUCAUCUAAAUUAAAAAUUGCAUAGCAAAGAAAAUUGAAACAAAUACAAAAUUCACAGUACAAUGAA